CUAUUUGCUGUAGUUUUCAAAAUAUGUUUGUAUUCUGUAAUGCGAUUUAAUUUUUUUGUUUACACUUUGUUUUGACUAAACCCAUUUAUAUAUUCCCGAACCCCGCUAGUAACUCCAGACGAAUGACCUUCGAAACGUCGAACUUCUCCUUAUAUUUUUCAGGUAGUUGCUCCCCUAUUUGUUAUUUAUAGCUAUCAAGAAGGAAAAAAACAGAUGUAUUCCGGACCACAAUUAAUGGAAAUAACAAAACGUUUUUCUUAUUGAGGAAAAUAUUUCCACAAUAUAGGCAUUUAAAAAUAGCUCGCGGUACAUUGUACAACACUAAUGGAAAAUCUAAAUAAAGUUUUAAUGGGUAUUAUAACAAUAAAAGCAAGUUAACAGUGGGGGUUGAUUCGGUUCGCUAAAUAUUGUCUCGGCGAUUUCUCCGGGGCCAGAACCUCGGUAAAAGUAGCUAGUGUAUUGGAAGCCUGGCUUUCAGUUGCUCUCAACUUUUUCCCACCCUCUCUUCUUCUCGUUUUCGUUCGUCUUGCCUUACUAUAGUGUCUCUACCUUGUUUAACCUAAACUUUUCACUUGGUUGUAGUGCUCUGGAGCUGUCGGGCGGGUUGUUUGGGGGAUAUUCUGUAUCCACAUUAUCUUCGUGUCAGGUUUGAGGACAUUUUAAUGAGCAAUUCGUGUUUAUACGUAUUGUACACAUCCCUGUGCAGAAAGGUUGACUUGUCGUAGAUGGGAUGGAGGAGGUCCAUUGGUUAAAGAAAUAUCUAUGAAUCCUCGCCUGGUUAUUGGGGCUAAGAUGGUCCAGUCGCACCAUGCCGAUCAGCGGGGAUAGAUUCAGUUCCUGGUCCGCGCGCAUAAUUAAUGUAAUUAGCAUAAGUAUAAGGCGCUUCUUAUUAUUAGUUGUUAUCAUCGUCAAACUGUCUUAACACUCGAUUGUACUCUUGUGAAAUUUAUUUAACAUUACUUACUGUUUUUACACUUGCUGUGCGUAAAUACAGAAGAUAAUUUAUACUAAUAGCACUGCUAAAUUUGCACCGAAAUCUAAAAACAAUAUUAAAUUAAAUUAAACAUACUCUUUAAAGUACGAAUGACACGAAAUUUGACCCAAUGUUUUCUUCAUCGCAUUGCAAAGAUUACUUAAAAAUGACUAUAGGUAUGGUAGAGAGGUUUGGAUUUUGAGGUCCACAGGUAUACCGCUAGAACCAAUCAGUUCCGUUUAAUCUACCGAGUGGCCAAUGACCACCAAUCAAAUGCGUAAUAAUGCCAGUGAGAGGUAUUGCUAGUGCAAGCCAAAUCUGAACCUCCAUAUUGUAAAUUACGAGUGUUAUCUGCGUAUCGCGUUCUUAUUGAAGAAAAUAUGUCAGAUAUGUCCAAAUUAUGUUUGUAGGCGGAGAUUUCUUUAUAUUCUUAUAUAAUAGUUGUCGUAUAAUUAACACUAUAAUUGUGCACUAUGUUUGUUGUUGAGACGUGAUCACAGGCUGUACCAGACACAAUACUGAAAGACUGUCCUCAUUGCAAUAUUAUUGUAGCACAAAGAUACAUUCCAAAGCAAUUGAUAUAAAAAUAGCUUGGUAUAUUGUACAACACUAAUGAUGAAUUUAAAUAAAGUUUUAAUUUAAUGGGUUUAUAAGGUAAUGGCAAGGUAACAGUGGGAGUUGAUUCCCUUCGCUAGAUAUAUUAUCGACGAACCCCGGUAACCGGCAAGCGUUUAAAAUAGUUAGUGAAUUAGAAACCUGGCUAUCAGUUGCUCUCAACGUUUCCCCACCUUCCCUUCCCACGUUAUUUAUUAUCUUUUCUGUUUGUCGUCACUUGCCUUGCUAGUGGCUGUACCUUGUCUACCCUAACCUUUCCAUUUAGUUGUAGUGCCCCAGAGCUGUCGCGUGGGUUGUUUGGGGAAUAUUCUGUGUCCGCACUAACUUCGUGUCAGGUUUGAGGACAUUUUAGGGUUGGUAUGUAUUGUACACAUCCCGGUGCAGAAAAGGUGGAUUUGUCGUAGAAGUGAUGGAGAAAUUUCUGGUUAUGGGGGCUAAGAUAGUCCAGUCCCACCAUAACCUGGAGCCGAAUCCAUCACCACCGAUUGGUAGCGGGCAUAUUUAGUAUUAAGAUUAGCAUAAGUAUAAGGCACUUCUUGUUAGUUGCUAUCAUCGUCAAACAUUAGCGUACUAAUUUACUCUUGUGAACUUUAUUUAACAUCACUUACGGUUUUUACACUUUGCGUAAAUACACAAGAUAAUUACAUUUGCACUGCUAAAUUUGCACUGAAAUCGAAAAACAAUACUAAUGUACUCUUUAAAGUGCGUAUGACACAAAAUUUCUUCAUUGCAUUUGAAAAGAUUACUUAAAAUGGCUAUAUAUAUAGGACAAAAUUUUAAAAUCAGUUGUAUACAGGUAUGGUAGAAAGGUUUGGAUUUUGACGUCAACAGUUACACAGCUAGAACCAAUCAGAUCCGUUUAAUCUAUCCGAGUGGCCGAUGAUCAAAUGCGUAAUAAUGCCAGUGAGACGCAUUGCUAGUGCAAGUCAAGUCUGAACCUCUCUAUUGUAAAUUACCAGUGUUGUCUGCGUGUCGCGUUCUUAUUGAAACAAAUAUGUCAGAUAUUAUGUCUAAAUCCUUCUUGAAGGCGGAGAUUUCUACCAUUUUUAUAUAAUAGUUGUCGUAUAAUUAACACUAUAAUUGCGCACUAUAUUUGCAUUGUGCACUAUAGACGUGAUAACAGGCUGUUCCAGAAAAUACUGAAAGACUGUCCUCAUUCCAAUCGUAGUAUAAAGAUACAUUCCAAAGUAAUUGAUUUUCUUCACAAAACACCAUUUCGACGAAACAUGGCCCAAGUUUCAUUCCGCUAAUCAUUUUCCUUUGCUGGUUUUAAAUGGCUCGCUAUGAUAAAUUGCGUUGACAGGUAUUAGUCAUUGUAAAUAUACGAUCAUGGUGUCUUACACGAAAUCGAAUAGUUUGGCAAUAUCGCAUGUCGGGAAUAAGCAGACAUCUAUUGUGCUGAUAGCUAUAUUAGGCACUGUUGUUCUCUUGAACUACAGGGUGUCCCAAAAAAAGUAAGUACCCUCUUUAGAAAUCAGCUCUUUUGUUGUUAAUAUCAUUUUAGUCAAUUUACUCGAUUCUGAUUGGUUAUAAACCGUGCGGAUUAAACAUUAAUCGCACAGGUGUGCCGAUUAAAGAUUAAUCGGCACGGAUACGAACCCGCGUGGAUCAUGCGUGCAUUAAAAACAAAAUGUCAACUUAAAAAUAAACAACUUUAGUUGAAAAUGUACAUUUUCUGAGCUCUUAUUUAUGCUUUCAUAACAAAGAAAAAGAAGAAACAAAGGUUAUUACAGUUUUUAUAGGUAUGAAUUGAAAAUUAAUGUCCGGAAAGUGCUCUCAAAAUUGACCACAUGCAGAGGUCGCCGUAUGACUGUGCUCAUUGAUUGCUCGUGUAAAAUUGAAUAUAAAAUGAUAUUAAUAGGAAAUUACACUUGUUCUCGAAGUAUUAAUGAAAAAUCACACGUGUUAAUUUGGCGCAAUAUUUAUAGUACAAACUGAUGAUCAAACUGAUUAUCAAUUUCCCAUUUGUAAUACAAAAUGACUGAAAAACCGCAUUUUACAACAUUUCGCAACGAAACUUCGGAAUAUUACUAAUUUUGUGACACUCUUUCAAGCUGUGAUGAAAUUUUGUCCAGACUUGUCUAGAUCAAAAUUUCACUCAAAAGGGGAAAGAUCUGUUGUUAUGCCUUUGGGAAUUUAAAUGAAUUGUACAUAAAUGCAUUCUUUAGCGAAAUGACUGUAUUGAAUUUGUAAUUUUACAUUUUUGGUUUGCUGUUCGUUUUAGAAGCUAUAAUAAAUUCCCAAAGGUGUAACAAGGCACGUUUUACAACAAAAGAUAUGAUUUCUAUACCGAUAGAGGGAAGAACAGAAAUACUCGUGAAAUAGAACAGAAGUAAUUGUCAUCAAAAGUGGUGAAUUGGAUAGAAACGCUAUCAACAGUAAUUUUCAGGGGUGGAAAAGGAGUAUUGGGUAUUGAAUAUUGGAUUAUAGUUUGAACAAUAGGAAUAUAAAUAUUUAUAGUAGGAAUAUGAACAUCUAUGACAAUGAAUAUCAGGAUCGAGUAUAGGAAUGUGAAUAUAUGAAACAAAAUGUGAAUGCACCAAUACCGCUCCUCCCUAGUAUUUUAAGAAUAAUUCGGGUAGGAAUAUUGAAACUUAAAGGAAAAGCAUUUUCCUUCCACCCCCGAAUCACUUUUUAUAUCACGCUAAUGACUGAUGUCGUACGUGAUAUAUAUCGCACCAAUUAUAACAAAUAAAGGAAAUUUUUAAGCACCCACACAGACUGGCUGUUCAUAUUCUAGCUACA